AUAUAUUUUUUAUUUUUUUGAUUAUUUGAGGAAAUGAAAUAAAUAAUAAUAAGAGAUUUUUGUCUACUUUUCCUGCAAAAUUCACAGUUACAGAGGACUUGUCUGCGAGAGACCCCCUUCCUUUAUUGAUGUGGAAAAAGAAAAGGGAUUUCUACCCGAAGAGCCAUGUCAGGUUUGUAUAAUUCCAACUUCUCUCCUGCAAGAGCUGCUUCUCCACAGAUUAGAAGCACCCCAGAUGUUGAUAGCCAGUACUACUUGCAAGAGUUGUUAGCGGAGCAUCAGAAGCUAGGACCUUUCAUGCAGGUGAUUCCCAUAUGUAGCCGACUCUUAAAUCAAGAGAUCUUUCGGGUUUCGGGAAUGAUGUCAAACCAAGGAUUUGGAGACUUUGACAGACUGCGGCAUAGAAGUCCCAGUCCCAUGGCUUCCUCAAACCUGACGUCAAAUAUCUCGGGUUCAGGCUCAGGUGGUUGGAAUGGUCUUCCCCAGGAGCGAUUAAGUGGACCUACUGGAAUGACGAUGGACUGGCAAGGUGCACCUGCAAGCCCUAGUUCAUAUACUGUGAAGGGGAUUUUGCGUCUCGAAAUUCCAGUAGAUACUUAUCCAAAUUUCAAUUUUGUUGGGAGACUUCUGGGCCCUAGAGGCAAUUCGCUAAAACGUGUGGAAGCUACCACUGGCUGCCGUGUAUACAUUAGAGGGAAAGGGUCAAUAAAGGAUCCGGAAAAGCAUAAGCCUUUUUCCCUCUUGUUCCAUCUCAAGGAAGAGAAGCUAAGAGGAAGACCAGGCUAUGAGCACUUGAAUGACCCACUCCAUAUCUUGAUUGAGGCUGAUUUACCUGCCAAUAUUGUUGACAUAAGGCUGAGACAAGCACAAGAAAUCAUCGAGGAACUGCUCAAGCCUGUGGAUGAGUCUCAGGAUUUUAUCAAGAGGCAGCAGCUGCGUGAACUGGCCUUGAUAAAUUCAAAUUUCAGAGAAGAGAGUCCCGGGCCAAGCAGUAGCAUCUCCCCGUUCAAUACAAGUGGAAUGAAACGCCCGAAAACAGGAUGCUGAAAACUCAUAUCCAUGUACCCAUAUAUACAUAUAUAUGCAUUGGUUUCUGUCCUGCUCCAGGAUAAAACGCCCAAGCAUUACUUCCAACACAUCACAUUUCAGCAGAACAGCAACGAAAGAAUAGGCUAACAGUUCUUUGCUGGUCAGCUUUCCGUUCGGGGGCUUUUUUGUUUAAAAAUUGUUGGUUCUUUUUUUUUUUUUUUCUUUUGGAGAGCGGGAACAAAAAAAAAUGGAGAGAAGAAUUGAAAGGAAAAAAAAAACAAGAAUUAUAUAGUUUGCUGUUGAAUUUAGGUUUGGGAGGUCUAUAUUUCAUUGUAAGUUGGAUUUACAUUCAUUGGAUUUAUUCUUGUGUUGUUAAU